AUGAGGGCGACAAACAGCAAAAGUAAUGAGGCCAAAAGUGGGGAUAAGGCCUCUGUCCCCCCUUCAAUUGUUAGAGGGCUUCACCUGGGGCAGCUUCCUGUCUUAGUGUGUACUUUUGAUAAUGAAGCCUGCCUUCAACAAAGGAGCACUAGUGUGCGCAAGGAUGGAGACGUGGUGAUUGGCUGCUUUUUAUUUCUUUAUUUCUAUAUCUACUACACUGGCACCUUUCAUAUAGAGCCUCUCAGAGAAUUCUAUAUCACGCCGCUUGCACCCAACAACUACCAGAACUACCUGGCCCUCCUUUUUGCCAUAGAAGAGAUCAACAGGAAUCCUCAUCUUUUACCCAACAUUUCUCUGGGAUAUGAGUUCCAUAAUUUCAUUUACAGUCAUUGGAGGAUACUAGAGAAUUCCUUCAUUUUGCUCACAGGACAACAUGAGAUCUCUAAUUACAUGUGUGGAACAGAGAGCAAGUGUGCAGCAGUACUGACAGAAAUGUCAUGGGGAACCUCGGCUCAGAUUGGACCACUGCUGGAGCUCUACAGAUUUCCACAGGUGAGGGUUGGUGGGACUGAAAAUGCUGGAAGUGCAAUACGGGUUACCUUUGGCUCAUUUGAUCCUACGCUGAGGGACAGUGGCCAGUAUCCUUCUCUCCAUCAAGUGGCCCCAAAGGACACUUAUUUGGCCCUCGCCAUGGUGUCCUUGUUGGUUCAUUUCCACUGGACUUGGGUGGGCCUGCUAAUCACAGAAGGCCAUAAGGGUCUUCAGUUUCUCUCAGAUAUAAGAGGUGAGAUGGACAAGAACAGAAUCUGUGUGGCCUUUGUGAAAAUAUUGUCAACUGCUGCUGUGUCAUAUAUGUCAGCCACGAAGAAACAUGAUAUCCUGACUCAAGAUACAUUAUCAGCCAAUGUGGUGGUCAUUUACUAUGAUACUGAUAGUGCAAAUGAUGUAAAUUACAACAUAGCGCAAAACUUAGUGACAUGGAAAGUUUGGCUUUCAAACUCACGGUGGCAUGCUGAUCUGACUGGGAGAGAUUUUAUACUGGACCCAUUCCAUGGGAUUCUGGUUUUCUCACAUCACCAUGAAGAGAUUUCAGGGUUCAAAACUUUUGUCCAGGCAGCUAACCCUUUCAAAUACCCAGAAGAUACUUACCUCUUUAUGUUUUGGUCUAAGCAUUUUAAUUGCUCAUUCUCUGAGUCUGACUGUGCCUUGAAGAACUGUAUCCCUAAUGCUUCUCUGGCUUGGUUGCCUCCAAAUCGUUUUAACACAGUUAUGAGUGAUAAGAGCUACAACAUAUACAAUGCUGUGUAUGCUGUGGCCCAUGCCCUCCAUGAAAUGCUGUUUGAAGAAGUGCUAACGCCACCAAUGAGAGAUACAAAAGUGAUGUUUUACCCUUGGCAGCUGCAUCACUUUCUGAAGAACGUCCAAUUUAACAACUGUGCUGGGGACAAGGUGAACUUAGAUAAUAGAAGAAAACUGGACUCACAGUAUGACAUUCUCAACUUUUGGAAUUUUCCAGAAGGCCUUAGACUUAUGACAAAACUAGGCACAUUUUCCUCUCAUGGGCCACAUGGCCAGAACAUGACAUUAUCUGAGGAUAUCAUAGAAUGGGCCACCGGAGCUACCAAGUGCCAAGAGAAUGAGAUUGCCAAUGACUCAAAUAUGGAACAGUGUACAAAGUGUGCAGAUCAUCAAUAUGCCAAUAUUCAGAGAAGUUACUGCCUGCAAAAAGCUGUGACAUAUCUGGGUUAUGAAGACCCCUUGGGAAAGGCUCUGGCUGCCACAGCCCUGAGUCUAACUGUCCUCACAGCUGCUGUUCUUGGGCUCUUUGUGAAGCACCGAGACACUCCCAUCGUCAAGGCCAACAACAGGGCUCUCAGCUACACCCUGCUCAUCUCCCUCACCUGCUGUUUCCUCUGCUCCUUGCUCUUCAUUGGCCAGCCCAACGCAGCCACCUGCAUCCUGCAGCAGACCACAUUUGCAGUUGUGUUCACUGUGGCUGUUUCCACUGUCUUGGCCAAAACUAUUACGGUGUUGCUGGCCUUUAAGGCCACUGCCCCAGGCAGAAGGAUGAGGCAAUUGCUGACAUCAGGGGCACCAAACUACAUCAUCCCAAUCUGUUGCCUGAUGCAACUCACUCUCUGUGGCAUCUGGAUGGGGGCAAAUUCACCCUACAUUGACAUAGAUGCUCACUCUGAACAUGGCCACAUCAUCAUCAUGUGCAACAAGGGCUCCCUCGUUGCCUUCUACUGUGUCCUGGGAUACCUGGGAUCACUGGCCCUGGUGAGCUUCACUGUGGCUUUCCUAGCCAGGAACCUGCCUGACACCUUCAAUGAAGCCAAGUUCCUGACAUUCAGCAUGCUGGUGUUCUGCAGCGUGUGGGUCACCUUCCUGCCCGUGUACCACAGCAGCAAGGGGAAGGUCAUGGUGGCCAUGGAAGUCUUCUGCAUCUUGGCUUCCAGUGCUGGGUUGCUGGGUUGCAUAUUUGCCCCCAAGUGCUAUGCUAUUUUGUUAAGGCCAGAGAAUGAUUUUCUUCCUGAGAUGAAAGGUAAAAAACAUUCUGAAAGAAAAUUAGCAUUCUUAAAUUAA